CGUGCAAUCUUGCUCGAAAGGCGAACCCAGAAGUAUCAGCGGCGGGACGAGAGGAGAGGGAAGGCGAGCAAGAAGAGGGUCUUCUUCUUGGACGUGAACCCUUUGUGCUACGAGGGAAGCACUCCCAGCUUGCGCUCCUUCGCUCGAUGGAUCUCUCUCUUCUUCUCGCAAGUCAGCCACAGCAACCCAGUUGUUGCUAUUCUUGAUGGGGAAAGGGGCAGCGAGCAUCGAAGACGGUUGUUACCUUCGUAUAAAGCACGAAGGAGGAAAUUCUCGAGGUAUGUCUCGCCUUUGCUAAGAUCUUCGCGGAGCUCAGUGGAAAGGUCUCAUCAAUCCGUCAUAAGUUUCCUCAAGGAAUGCAAUGUCCCGGUCAUUAAAGUUGAAGACCAUGAGGCAGAUGAUGUUGUAGCUACUCUCGUUGGGCAAGCUCUUCAAGGGUAUCGAGUAGUCAUUGCCUCUCCUGAUAAAGAUUUUAAGCAGCUGAUUUCUGAAGAUGUCCAGAUUGUUAUGCCUGUGGAUGAGUUACAGCGCUGGUCCUUUUACACUCUGAAGCACUAUAUCGAGCAGUAUAACUGUGAUCCGGAUUCCGAUCUGAGCCUUAGAUGUAUCCUGGGUGAUGAUGUUGAUGGUGUUCCUGGAAUCCAACACCUGGUUCCAGCAUUUGGUCGGAAGACUGCUGUCAAGCUGCUAAAGAAACAUGGAUCAUUGGAAAAUUUACUAAACACCGCAGCAGUUAGAACUGUGGGUAAACAAUAUGCACAAGAAGCCCUAACAAAGCAUGCAAAUUAUCUGCGAAGAAAUUAUGAAGUUCUAGCACUGAAGAGGGAUGUCAAUGUUUUUCUUCAAGAGGAGUGGCUGGUUGAAAGAAAUUCCACUGGUGAUUCAAGAAAUUUAUCUACCUUCCUCACAUUGCUGGGAGAGGCGAAGCUCUAUAAUCGAAACAGACAUCAUUCUCCAAAGAAUUCAAGCUCAGAAGAUAGAUGAUGUUGAGGUGGGGAGUUGCAGAGCAUCUUGUUGGCAACUUGGCAUAAUGGAAGACGGGAUGUUCAAGGGAGAGAUUAAUGUAAAAGAUGAAUUUGGGGGAUCAAUCUGGUUCUGAAUACCAAACUCCACUUAUCCAACCAACAGAGGUAUAAUGGGAUUCUUUUUAUUCCUGCCCUCGCCUUCCUCACGAGGCUAGUAUAUUUUUCCGUGGAGGAGCAACUAGUUUUUGACAGAUUAGAGUCAUGUGGUGCAGCUGAUUUCAUCUGGUUCAAGUGGCUUCCAUCGUGGUGUUACUUAUUAAUUUUGUGCUGUCAGAAUGGUGCAUAUGUUCCCAAGGGGUUUGAGCUUGAUAUUCUGUGUACUGUAAUAGCUAUCGGCGGUGGAUGCAUGUAGAUGGGAUAUAUCUCAUCUUUCUAACAAACUUGUUUUUGGCCGUCUUCCAAUUGGCCAUAAGAACAAAGCCAUAGCCAUGCUAAUAAGCUUAUCCCCGGCGCAUUUUCCUGCUCUUCAGUCCGGUUUAGCCCAAGGAAACCAUGUUCGCGUUUAGGAGCAGGCCUUUACUUCUGUGAGAACAGCCGUGAAUUCAUCACUCCCUUCUCUUCUCCUCCUCCUCUUCGCAUGUUCCUUUGUCAUUCUCUUCCUUAUUCACUUGUAAAGAUGUUUACUUUGGGACCCUACGAUUGAGGCCUCCAAAAAUGAUGAGAAUUGGGGCAUGUUGCAUUAUUAGAUUUA